AUUUUCGCAUUUAUAGGAGCAAAGAGAUACUUUAUAUACAAUUUAUAUUUACCAAACAAUCAGUCGCAUAAAAAUACAUUAAAUAAAAGUUACAUCUAACUCAUCAAACAAUGGUGGAUUACAGCAAAUGGAAAGAUAUUGAGAUUUCAGAUGAUGAGGAUGAUACUCAUCCAAACAUUGAUACACCAUCACUAUUUAGAUGGCGUCAUCAGGCAAGAAUUGAAAGAAUGGAAGAACGAAGACGUGAGCAACAAGAACAUGAAAGAAAAAAAGCAGAGACAAUAAAAAAGUUAAAAGAUACAAAGGAAAAGCUUGCAAAGCUAGAAGGUGAACAGAAAGAUUCAGCUGAUUUAACUGCAUUGAAAAAAGUUCUGCAAGAUCUUGAAGAAGAACAGAAAAAGAUAUUAGCGAAAGAAGAAGAAAUAAAGAAAAAAGAAAAGUUAACACCUUGGAAUGUUGAUACCAUUGGGCAAGAUGGUUUUACAAAAACUGUAAUUAACACAAGGCCACCUCGUAAAGAAGAUGACACUGGUUUGACAGAUGAAGAGAAAGAAAGAAGAAUGAAACAGUUUGUUAAAGAAAAUGAAAAGAAAUUAAAAGAGUUUGGAAUGCUAAGAAAGUAUGAUGAUAGUAAGAUAUUUUUGACUGAAAAUCCUCAGUUAGUAUGUGAAAAUACUGCAAACUAUUUGGUGAUUUGGUGUAUUAAUUUGGAAAUGGAGGAAAAACAUGAUUUAAUGGAGCAUGUUGCCCAUCAAUGUAUAUGUAUGCAAUAUAUUUUAGAAUUAUCAAAACAACUUGAUGUUGAUCCAAGGGCAUGUGUUCGUUCAUUUUUCAGUCGUAUUCAAACUGCUGAAAUAGAAUAUAAAAAUUCCUUUGAUGAUGAACUUAGAGCAUUUAAGGAAAGAAUACGUAAAAGAGCUGCUGAAAAAGUAGCAGAUGCUCUUAAAGAAGCUGAAGAAGAAGAAAAGAAAGCACGUCUUGGCCCUGGUGGCCUUGAUCCCCUUGAAGUGUUUGAAAGUCUUCCAGAGUCUCUGAAAAAAUGUUUCGAAACGCAAGAUAUUCCUUUAUUACAUGAAACAAUAGCAGCAAUGCCGCGAGAAGAAGCAUCCUAUCACAUGAAACGAUGUGUUGAUAGUGGUCUCUGGGUACCUGAUGCAAAAGCCAAGGAAAAGAAGGAUGAAGAAGAAUCUUUAGAAGAUGUAGAAGGAACACCUGAUCCCGAAUAAUCUAAAACUGUAAAAUACUUAUGUUGAUGUUCAUGACUCAUUUAUGCGAGUAUCCUUUAAUAUCACAAAUAUGUUAAAAUAAAAUUGUCGUUGGGCAAUGAAUAUAAAAUUCUUACCUCUGAUAAA